CCUCCCCGGGCGGAGCUCCAGGCGGAAGAGCUUGCUUUGGCCCUGGGCUGGAGCGGCGAGUGGGCGGCGGCGGCGGCAGCGGCAUGGAGGGAAGCCGCGAGCCUUGGGGCCGGGCUGCCGCAGCCUGCAAGAGAAUCGCCAUCUUCGGCGCCACCGGCAUGACGGGCCUGGCCACCCUGGCGCAAGCCCUCGAGGCGGGCUACCAGGUGACGGUGCUGGUGCGGGACCCCGUCCGGCUGCCCCCAGAGCUCCAGCCGGCGCAAGUGGUGGUCGGAGAUGUCCUGAACUGGGCAGAUGUUGAUCGAGCAGUGAAUGGGCAGGACGCUGUGAUCAUCAUCUUGGGCACCCGCAAUGACCUCAGUCCCACAACGAUGAUGUCCGAAGGCACCCGAAACAUUGUUGCAGCCAUGAAGUCCCGUGGCAUCCGCAAAGUGGUGGUGUGUCUCUCAGCUUUCCUGAUGUGGGGCCUGGGCAAAGUUCCUGCCAAGCUGCGGCCAGUGACAGAAGACCACAUCCGGAUGCAGCAGAUCCUGAAAGAGUCAGGACUGGACUGUGUCUAUGUCAUGCCACCCCACAUUGCAGGUGACCAGCCCCUCACUGGCGACUACACCAUAACUGUGAAUACCUCAAGUGGCGCCCGAGUCAUCUCCAAGCAUGACCUGGGGCACUUCUUUCUCAAGUGCCUGACCACAUCUGAGUAUGAUGGGAAAAAUGUCUAUCUCUCCAGGCAUUAUCCAAAGGAAUGAGCCCCAUGGCCCAGCCAUCCCCUCCUCCAGAAGGCUGGAAAUCGCUGUCUCGGAUGCAUCUACCCCCCACCUCUUGUGCUACUGAGUGCCUUCCUCCCCAUCCCAGGAAAUCCAGGAGGGCAGCAGAUCCCCCAUGCUCCCUACAUCAGGCAGAUAGGCUGCAAACCGUCCCUGUGUGUUGACGCUCUCCUGUUUACAAACGCAGCUGAUGUGCUCUGCCCCGUGUGUGUGUGCACGCACACGCGCCACAGUUCUGGUCUGCAGCUUCCUCCCCAUGACAGAAAGGAAUCUUUGGGCAGCAGAGAUUUUUGCUGUAAUCCCAGGAAAGCCUUUACACAGAAUCAAACAAGUGGAACUCAUUAGCCAAGCCCUUUCUAUCAGCAGAGAGGAGGUAUGAUGCAGAAAUCAUUUUGAAAAUGAUGUAUCUACCUAGAAAGUGGCUAAUGAAUAAAUCUAUUUGAAGUACUAAAAGGUUGGAAUGGAAGUAACUAAAUAUCUCCAUACUGAUGUUAUCCUUUCUCCUCUGUUGCUGAGACACCUUGAUUCGUUUUGAUUCUUGCAAAGUUCUAUCUUGAAAGCAUACGAAGCAUAAGCAGCUAAUCAAAUAAAUAUUUAUCUAUUGGGA